CCCAUUCUUCACGGAUCGCGCUGCACUACAACUCCCAGAAACCUUUGCUUGCUCCAGCUCGUUCUGGGCGAUAUGGCGUCCUCUUGAAGCGCAGACAAAUCGUAACAGUUUUGUUGACAAGUUACAAAGAUGGCGGCCGACCCCACAGAGAAGAAGGAUGCAGAAUCCUCCGGGACCAAAGACAGAGAGAAGCGACGGAGCCGAUCAAGAGAGCGGGAUCGAAAACCUUCCCCUUUACGCAAACGCCAUCGAUCUCGUGAACGAAACCGGUCCAAAUCUCCAGAAAGAGACAGACGCCCGAAGGACAAGGACAGAGACAAGGAGCGAGACAGAGAUAAGGACAGAGAGAGGGGCCGUAAGGACAGAGACAGCCAUCGACGUGAUAAAGAUCGCAAGAGAUCCAGAAGUCUCUCACCAAAGUCAAAGUUAAAGAGAGACAAGGACAUAAAAACAGAAGAGGAGGAGGAUGAGAAGAAAAAGAAAGACAAGGUCCAGCCUCUGUCUUUGGAGGAGCUUCUCGCCAAGAAGAAGGCAGAAGAGGAAGCAGAAGCAAAGCCCAAGUUCCUCUCCAAGGCCGAGCGAGAAGCUGAGGCUAUAAAACGACGAGAAAUGCAGACAGAGGAGAGGAGGAAGAUGUUGGACGAUGAGAGGAAGAAGAGAAGGAUGUUCCAAGACAUGGGGAGAAAAAUGAUGGAGGAUCCCCAGGAGAGGGAGAGAAGAGAGCGAAGGGAGAGAAUGGAGAGGGAGAACAAUGGGAAUGAAGACGAUGAUGGACGACAAAAGCUCAGAGAAGAGAAAGACAAAAGCAAAGAGCUCCACGCCAUCAAGGAGCGCUACCUGGGAGGAAUCAAGAAACGAAGGAGAACUCGUCAUUUAAACGACAGGAAGUUUGUCUUCGAGUGGGACGCCUCUGAAGACACUUCAGUCGACUACAACCCCAUCUACAAAGAAAAGCAUCAUGUGCAGCUCUACGGACGAGGCUUCAUCGCUGGCAUCGACUUAAAGCAGCAGAAAAGAGAGCAGUCCCGAUUCUACGGCGACCUGAUGGAGAAGAGGCGAACGCUGGAGGAGAAAGAGCAGGAGGAGACACGCCUGAAGAAGAUGCGUAAGAAGGAGGCCAAGCAGCGCUGGGACGACAGACACUGGUCCCAGAAGAAGCUGGACGAGAUGACAGACAGAGACUGGAGAAUCUUCAGAGAGGACUACAGCAUCACCACGAAGGGAGGAAAGAUCCCGAACCCCAUCAGGAACUGGAAGGAGUACUCGCUGCCGGCACACAUCGUGGAAGUCAUCGACAAAUGUGGCUACAAGGAUCCAACACCUAUUCAGAGGCAGGCCAUUCCCAUUGGCUUACAGAACCGUGACAUCAUUGGUGUGGCUGAGACUGGCAGUGGUAAAACAGCUGCUUUCCUGAUCCCACUGCUGGUCUGGAUUACAACCCUGCCAAAGAUUGACAGGAUUGAAGACUCAGACCAGGGUCCUUACGCCGUGAUCCUGGCUCCGACUCGUGAGUUGGCCCAGCAGAUUGAAGAGGAGACCAUCAAGUUUGGAAAACCCCUCGGCAUCCGUACGGUGGCUGUGAUUGGUGGAAUCUCAAGGGAGGACCAGGGCUUCCGUCUCAGGAUGGGCUGUGAGAUUGUGAUCGCCACCCCUGGACGUCUGAUUGACGUGCUGGAGAACCGCUACCUGGUCCUGGGACGCUGUACCUACGUGGUCCUGGAUGAGGCUGAUCGUAUGAUUGACAUGGGCUUCGAGCCCGACGUCCAGAAGAUUCUGGAGUACAUCCCAGUGACCAAUCAGAAGCCAGACACAGAGGAGGCAGAGGACCCCGAGAAGAUGAUGAUGAACUUUGAGUCUGGAAAAAACAAAUACAGACAAACGGUCAUGUUCACAGCUACCAUGCCUCCGGCUGUGGAGCGUCUGGCCAGGAGCUACCUGAGACGUCCCGCUGUGGUGUACAUCGGGUCUGCGGGCAAACCUCACGAGAGAGUGGAACAGAAGGUCCUGCUCAUGUCAGAGGGAGAGAAGAGGAAGAAGCUGUUGGAGGUGUUGUCGCAUGGCUUCGAGCCUCCCAUCAUCAUCUUCGUCAACCAGAAGAAGGGUUGCGACGUGCUGGCUAAGUCUCUGGAGAAGAUGGGAUACAACGCUUGCACGCUGCAUGGUGGCAAAGGACAGGAACAGAGAGAGUUUGCGCUCUCCAACCUUAAAGCUGGAGCCAAAGAUAUCCUGGUGGCCACAGACGUCGCUGGUCGAGGUAUCGACAUCCAGGAUGUCUCCAUGGUCCUUAACUAUGACAUGGCGAAGAACAUUGAAGACUACAUCCAUCGUAUUGGUCGUACGGGUCGUGCUGGUAAGAGUGGUGUCGCCAUGACCUUCCUGACUAAAGAGGACUCUGCAGUGUUCUACGACCUGAAGCAGGCCAUCCUAGAGAGCCCGGUCUCCAACUGCCCACCGGAGCUGGCCAACCACCCUGACGCUGCCCACAAACCUGGAACCAUCCUGACCAAGAAGAGACGAGAGGAGACCAUCUUUGCUUGAUUAACCCCUGGACACACAGGCACACACAACAACAACAACAACAUUUUCAGACUGUUGGGUUGUUUUCUUGGAUUGUACAUGUCUCUGUUUCACAUCCUGAACUUUGUCACCAGUUUAGAAACACCUCCUGUCUUUGUUGUGAUCGCACCUUGCGUCUCACUCUGCCAGUCUGUUUUUGACUUUUCAGGCCGUCUGUUGGUUGAAAUAAAACAAACAGAUCAUGUGCAUAGUAGAAUAAACAAAGGUGCAUACGUCUUUAGGGCACUUGUUUGGGGAUUAACAGGCUCAGUUCAAAGCUGUAACAUGGACUGCUUGGUAGGGUUGCUUUCUCAGUGUGCGAAGGAUCUGCUCUGUAUAAAUGCUUCUCUUCAGUCAUCAGAUUUGAUAAAACCAGCCAGGAUGUGAGUGUAGCUGAGCAGUGCUUUGUUUUAAUCAUUUUCUGUCACCAUUAUUAGAAUUUCCUGAAUGUUUAGGAGACCAAUGUACAAGUGAUGGCUCUUUAUGUUUUCUCCAGUUUCACUUUGCCUAAAUUGUAAGAUGUUGUUUUAAAUACAAACAUUUGUAUCAAGUGAAUACAGCAACUUGUAGUGAUUACUGCCUCGUAGUUUUCUUAUGUGUGUGAAAGAUUCUCAUCGGUGAAAUUAAACAGUGUUGGCUUUCAA